GUCACUUCGAGUCCCUCCACUCUGCAGCUCGUGUCUGAAGGCUUUAGUCCCACUUACCUUAGUUCACUUUGAUCACCGGUGGCCUUUUUUUUUUAUCAGCGAUAUCCUAUGUCAGGUCGUACAACGUUAUCGUGCAGUCAUGUUUUGCUCGUUAGCAGCAGUCGUACAACUCCUCUGUGUCUUGAGGACAGUGACCGCGCUGGACAUUGACACCUCGGACGGCGGCUACACGAAUCUUCUCGUCACCAUCGACGAAAGUGUAUCAUACGAUGGGAGCAUUAUCGGAAACAUUCAGGCUCUGUUUCGAUCAUCCUCCGCGUUCCUACACCGAGCCACCAGUGGGCGCGUGUACUUCAAGCACGUGAUCAUCGACAUUCCUGACACGUGGACGGAAGACAUGAAAGCACGGAGCGUAUCUCGGACCGCUUUUGGCAGAGGUGACGUGCGCGUACGUAAUUGUUCGAGAGUCUGCGAGAACCGCCCCUUCACGAAGCAGGUGAAACUGUGUGGUCAUCGGGGUGAAUUCAUCCAGCUGUCGUCGCAAUUUCUCGACGAAUGGAGUCCACCCACCAUGGCCAAGAGUGAGAGCUCAGCGCAUGUGUUUGUGCACGAGUGGGCCCACUAUCGGUACGGUGUGUUCGACGAGUACGGCAGUCGAGACGAUGACGAGCACCCACUCACUUACUGCCAUGGAGAUAAGGUAAAGCUGAAUUCUUGCUCCGAAAGAAUUCAAUUCAUGGUGAACACUUCUAUGAGCCAAACGUGCGGAAUGAGGAAGAACUGUCAGUUCACCAAGGACUGUCUGAUUGAAUUCUUCUCGCCAAUGAACUACACAGUGGAAUCAUCCAUCAUGUUCAUGCCAUAUGUGAGCAAUAUCAGCUACUUUUGCGAUGACAUCAAGAGAAACCGCCUGCAUAAUUCGUUUGCGCCGAAUAAGCAAAACAAGUUUUGCGAUGGCAUGUCGACAUGGCAAGUGAUAAUGCACAAUGAAGACUUCAGAAAGCUACCACUCCCCGACAUGGCCAAAUCAGUUGAGACAACAUUCGAAGUAGUCUCCAGAGACGACAACCUGAAACCAGUGGUUGUGCUGGUUCUCGAUGUGUCGGGUAGCAUGUUCAAGCACCACCGGCUGGACUACCUCAAAGAGACGGCUAAAGGAUACAUACGACGCGUUCCUGACAACUCUAUACAGUUGGCGAUAGUCGUGUUUGAAAGCACUGCGCGGAUUGCCUCUUGUCUCAAGCCCGUCAACGAAACCACGCGUGGAGAUUUCAUUGACGUGAUUCAGAGGCUGACUUGCCUGGAUGGAACUUGCGUGAGCUGUGGCCUCUAUGACGCCCUAACGGUGGUGCCUUACGACAGCAGAGAAGGCGCCGCCUUUAUCCUCAUGAGCGACGGUGAGUACCAGACGGACUGGUCCAUCGCCAGUGCAGCGCAUGAGCUAGCCGAAGCCAAAGUGAAGGUAACCACGAUAGCUCUGGAGCCGACGGGUGCCAAUCAACUCGAAGAGAUCGCCCGUGUUACGGGAGGCAAAGCGUACGCGUUCCACAACCUUCAGGGACGCACCGUUGCCGACAUCGAGGCAGCUGUGGUGGACGCUACCACGGCUGAGCUGGAUGACCGCGUGGUGAUAAUGAUACAAGAAAGAAACUUUUCCUUUCCGACGGAUGUCAAUUUUCUGGUGGACCACACGGUGGGCAAAAGUACGACAGUGCACAUUCGGCACAUGGAUCGUGACAAGACUGCUGUCGAUGCGUGGCUCUCGGAUCCUAACGGAGUUGCCUGCGAUGCGUGCAGCGUCGACAGAACGUGGCUCAGCACGACUAUCACUAUUCCCAACGAGCCAAAGCUUCCGCAGGCAGGAAACUGGACGCUUCACAUGAAGAGCCCCGAUACAAGUGCUGUAAGUCUCUACGUCGAAGUGAAAUCGCGAGCAAGGUCCACCGUAUUGGUGCCGGUCACGCUCGUUUCCGAAGUGAGCUCGCCGUUGGUGCAUGUCCCCAACCUCGCGAUAUACGCACACCUGAAAAAAGGCGUCAAGGUGGUCCUGCACGCCGACGUCGAUGCCGAAGUCCUGGGUCCGAUUCCGCCGUACCUGUCGACAACACCACUCCAUGACGACGGCAACUACCCCGAUAUUACUGCUAAUGAUGGCACGUAUAGCGGAUACUUCACUGCGUACGCUGGGCGAGGGAAGUACACCGUCGUGGUUCGGGCCAAAAACAAUAAUAGGACGACAACUGCUGAUGAUCCUUUUCCUGGCUCCGGUGGCAUUCCCGGCUCUGUCAAUAUCCACUCGAAUAGCGAAACGAGAAAACGGCCAUCCUCCGAAUAUUUGAUCGACGAGUUCGAUAUUGUUGACUCUAACAACGAUGGUGGGUGUACGGCGAGGCCUCACGAAGCAGGGAACUGGGAAACUUUCGAAAGGGCGGCUACUGGCGGAAGUUUUCACGUUGCCACGGACAUCUACGAGAAAGAUAUACCUCCCACGCGCAUCCGAGACCUCCGCGUCACCGACAUGGAGGCAUUGAAAAAUGGCAAGCUUCUAGUAAAUAUCACGUGGACGUGGCCCGGAGCACAUCUGAUGACGGGAAAAGCUUCCUCUGUGGAAAUUCGAAUAGGACACGCCUACGAUCAACUGACAUUGAUGUUCGAUGAACAAACUCUUGUAAAUGAUACCGAUGUCGUGGUUGGAAACCUGAAGCCGUUGCCACUGGGCUCCAAGCACAUCGUCAGCAUAUCCCUGCCCGUCGCCUUCUCCACGCCUCGGGCGGAUGGUACACUCGCCUACAGCGCCCUCCUGGCGGCUCGCGUCGUCAACCGCGACGGGCUGAAGUCCAACAUUUCUAACGUGGUCAGCGUGUACCACGUUCCCACGUUGCGGAAAGCGCCCUCUGCCGCCCCGGUCAAAUAUCAAAACUACGACUGGAUAUGGAUCGUGAUUGCUCUGCUCAUAGCGUGCGUUUUGAUAGCUAUUGUGGUGGUUGUCGUAAGGAAAACGAAACUUCACAAGCGAGAUGUUUACGCUAUUUUUGCGAGGAAACAACGACAUGCGGAACCGGACCCUGUCUAGCGUAGCGUGUACAUGCAGCGAGAAAGUCUUGCGGGAGGGUCUAUUCGUCCCUCGGUGUCACGUGACCCGAAAAGAAACAGGUAUGGCCUAUAUUGGAAUAGCACGGAAACACAGCCAAAAACAAGAGCCC